UUUGACCUGCUUCUCUUACAGAUAACGGAGGUGACUCAGAUAACGGAGGCGAACUAGAUUCAGAGAUGUGUGGUGUAGAUAGAGGUAGAACGAGGUACAACAAUACACUCCUGAUGGAGGUUCGAGCGGCGCUAAACAAGAAUAGUUUCUCCCACGUCGCUAACGAGUCUGGAUCAAGGUACAGAGAACGCAGCACGAGCAGACAGCGACCGGCGUCCAUGUACACAAGCAGUGGUACCUGGGGGUCAAUGUUUGACCUCUCCUCCCCUACCAGGUCCUUCAACAUUUCCGACGCCUUCUCCAGCGCUUCCUUGGCAUCAAAGAGGCGCUACAUCCGUUAGGUGCUAACCCUCAACAGAGCAUGUGGCCUUCAGAUUAAGAUUUGUGACCCCCGAAGAAGUCGCCUAAGAAGUACCCAGCGCCUCAGCCGCCCACCAAGCCGCCCACGCGCCCCACGUGACACAGAAGAGGGCGAGCAGAUGACGCCGUGAGGAUCAGCGGAGGGAGAGCAAGUGCGGAUGAGAAGAAGGAGAAGAAGGAGAAGGAGAAAGGAGGAGGAGGAGAAAGGAGGAGAAAGGAGAAAGGAGGAGAAGGAGAAAGGAGAGAAGGAGGAA